AUGGCAUUCUUACGAGAUAUCUUUAGUCCCACCGAUCAUAAACUGGCUACAUGUAGUGAUGAUGGCACUGUGAGAAUCUGGGACUUUCUACGUUGCCACGAAGAAAGAAGUCUGCGAGGUCAUGGAGCAGAUGUAAAAUGUGUACAUUGGCAUCCACAAAAAAGUCUUGUUAUUUCGGGUAGUAAAGAUAAUCAACAACCAGUAAAAUUGUGGGAUCCGAAAAUGGGACAAUCACUAGCUACUUUACAUGCACAUAAAUCGACUGUUAUGGAUGUUAAAUGGAAUGAGAAUGGUAACUGGCUCAUAACUGCUUCUCGAGAUCAUUUACUUAAACUUUUCGAUUUGCGGAACUUAAGUCAAGAAGUUCAAACCUUUCGAGGUCACAAAAAAGAAGCUUCUAGCGUCGCUUGGCAUCCUAGUCAUGAAGGUUUAUUCUGUAGUGGUGGAAGUGAUGGAGCGAUUCUUUUUUGGCAUGUAGGUUCUCUUAUAGAAUACUCGCAAUCAAAGUAA